AUGGAAGGGUCAACCGGUGCCUGUGUCCCAGACCUCCCAUCUCCAUCAACUGCGACCCAUCAAUUGAACGACACAGGUGGGAUCUUUGAGGUGGCUCUCCAGAACGUCUCCUCAAAUCGCAAACCAACAUUUGAAGGUGUGGAGCUGUUGCAAUCCUUCAAGCUGCUCAUCAUUCCUUGCUACACUCUGGUGUCCUUGGUGGGCAUCGUCGGCAACUACCUGCUACUCUACGUCAUCUGUUGCACUCGCAAGAUGCACAAUGUCACCAACUUUUUCAUCGGAAACCUGGCCUUUUCCGACAUGCUCAUGUGUGCCACCUGCGUGCCCUUCACUCUAGCUUAUGCGCUCAACCCACAUGGGUGGGUGUUUGGCCGCUUCAUGUGCUACCUCAUCUAUCUCAUCCAGCCGGUGACCGUCUACGUGUCAGUUUUCACACUGACUGCCAUUGGGGUGGAUAGAUACUACGCCACAGUGCAUCCUCUGAAGAAGCGCAUCUCAGUUUUGGCAUGUACCUACUUGCUGUCUGCUUUCUGGCUGCUCUCCUGUGCUCUGGUGGCCCCUGCUGUAGCCCAUACCUAUCAUGUGGAGUUCCAAAACGAAGGCUUUACCAUCUGUGAGGAAUUUUGGAUGGGUCAGGAGGGCGCACGUCUGGCCUAUGCGUACAGCACUCUCUUAAUCACCUAUGUGCUGCCACUGUCCACGCUCUGCAUCUCCUACCUGUGCAUCUCUGUCAAACUAAGGAACUGCGUGGUUCCGGGCCACCGCACGCAGAGCCAGGCCGAGGCCCAGCGCAUGCGUAAACGCAAGACCUUCCGACUAGUGAGCCUGGUGGUGGCAGCUUUUGGCAUAUGCUGGCUGCCCAUCAGCGUGUUCAAUGUGCUGCGUGACAUUGACAUUGACAUGAUUGAUAAGCGCUACUUCUUGCUCAUUCAGUUACUCUGUCACCUGUGCGCCAUGAGCUCAUCCUGCUGUAACCCUUUUCUCUACGCUUGGCUUCACGAUCGCUUUCGUGCCGAGCUCCGCAAAAUGAUGGUGUGCCACCGACGCAUUCGCAUUGUUCCCAUUAAUGGCGGCUCUGCUAGUGUCAUGCUGUAA